ACAGGAAGUGGUGAUAAUGAACCCGUUUGCGUUUUAUUAGUUUGUUUCAUCCUGCGUGUGAGUAAACGAUAGCUCCUGCUGGAGUCAUUUUGAGCUGUUAGUGUUGGGUUUAUUUAAGUGAUGGUAAUUAAACUAAAGAUGUGGAGGAAAGGCUCGUCUGAGGGCUCCGACCGGUUCGAGUACCUUCAGACUCUGGUCACAGAGUUCCAGGACACAGACAGUGACGAGGCGAGGGAGCAGGUGCUGGCGAACCUGGCCAACUUUGCGUACGACCCAAAGAACAUGGAGCAUCUGAGGGAGCUGCAGGUGGCCGACCUCUUCCUGGACAUGCUCACGGAGGAGAACGACAACUUCGUGGAGUUUGGGAUGGGGGGGCUGUGUAACCUGAGUAUGGACCCCGAAUGCCGACACGUCAUCCUGGAGAGCCGGGGGAUUAGCCUGGUCACAAAUUGUCUGUCCAGCCGGAGGGAGGAAACCGUCCUGUCGGCCAUCACCACGCUGAUGAACCUCGCCACUCCAUCGUCCCGCUCCCAGAUCGCCGACCCGGCCGUGCUGCAGUGCAUGCUGCGCUUCUCCCUCUCGGAGAGCCCCCGCCUGCGCAGCCUGGCCGCCGUGUUCCUGCAGGACUGCUGCACCGCGGAGCAGGUGGCCCGCGCGGAGCGGCAGAUGACGCAGGGACGGCAGACCGCGGUCGGGAUCCCGCUGCCCGAGAACUGAGUGUUCAGUUCACGAGAGCGUCAGUGAGGCCCAACGCUGGUCCAGUUGACCCUGAAGAUGUUGAGUUCAGAACUCUGAUUCAAGUUCUUCCACACAAAGCUGUGGACACUACUUGUUUUUUGGAGACGUUUUUGUCCCCCGAGUAGAGACAAACUGUCGCCACAAAGUUAGAAUAUAUAUAUUAAUAUAUAUUAAUCUAUAUUAAUAUUUGCAUAUUUUAAUAUAUAUAUAUUAAUGUAUAUAUUAAUAUAUACAUAUUAUAUAGAGAAUUAUAUACAUAUAUUAAACAUCAUUACAGGCUGCUUUUUUUCUUUAAUAUUCCACAUAUUGUACUUUUACAUCUGUUUCAAUGGGAGAUUUGUUGUACUUUCUCUGACCACACGGGGGAGACAUAGUUUUUGUUCAAGUGAAGACUCGUCCAGCUGUUUUGUGAGACAUUAAUAGUUUGCUAAAAGCACAAUUUUUAUUGAAUUCCAAACGUUUAACAGAAGGUGUACGAAGAGACUAAACACUUGUAAAAAUGAGCUCACUGGCUGUAGGAUCAAUAUCAGUACCUAAUUAUUAUUAAUAUUCCCCCAAAAAUGUACAUUCCUUUGGCAUCGAAGUGACUUCCUCAGAAGGUAAACGGAUGCUGGAUCACCUUCAAGCCCAACUGGUAAAAUAUGUGAAAUGAAUAAAAAGAGUGCAAAAUAAA